CCAGGCGGUGAGGAUGCUGGAGUGCAGAGAGAAGGCCACACCGGACAUGUUUGGAGAACUGCUCCGCAAUGCCAGCAACAUGGGAGACCUGCGCAAUUGCCCUAGUAACUGUGGGGAGGUACUGCGUAUCCGUCGGGUGCUGAUGAACUCACCAGAGAUUGUGUCCAUCGGGUUGGUGUGGGAUUCAGACCACUCUGACCUGGCAGAGGACGUCAUUCACAGCCUGGGGACUUGCCUCCGUUUGGGAGAU